AAAUCAGUGUCUCAUCCUAAUCUCUCUCUCCAUGUCUGAACCACAGUUUGAACAGGAAAAACCCACUCCCCCAACUGGAACUGGUGGAGAUGCACCCACUUCUCCAUCUCCUCAAGAUGCCCACCGCACCCAUCCACCACAUAAUGUCACACCAGCUGAUGUAUUCCUGUGGAGAAGGAAGAAGCUUAGUUUCUCUGUACUCGUGGCUGCAACUCUAACCUGGCUUUUGUUCGACAAGGUUGGAUACACCCCCAUCACUAUGGUUUCGUGGGUCGCCCUGUUCGUUGUCACUGUCGUGUUUGUUUCUGCACAUAUGGCCUCACUUUUCAAUAGGGAGUUGCCACCAAUACCUAAAUUGGAGAUCAAAGAGCAGUGGACUGCUGAGAUGGCUUCUGUAUUGAGUGAGCGGCUUAACAACAUUGCCCGAUGGGUGCACGAAAUGGGUACGAGGCGGGACUAUAUGCGGUUUGCCCGAGUGGUAGCUGGUCUGGGGCUUCUCUCAGUGACGGGUAGCUGGUUCGACACGCUUACAACGGUUUACAUUAGUUUAUUAUUGGCAUUAAUCUUGCCGCCUUUGUAUGUAAAAUAUAAUCACCUGCUCAACAAAUACAUGGAGUCAAUUAUAGAAAGAGGAAGAAGAUUAUACGAGAUGGUGGACCAGAAGUUUCUGAGAAAAAUCAAGAACAGGUCCCAAAAGGAGAAAAAAGUGGAAUGA